AUGACGCUGCCUGAUUCGAGAAUCGGACGUGGGGGUGAGCGCGUGGCCGACGCCCGGCGGCCCGCGUCCUUUCCCUCCCUGCCGCUCAUGGAUCGGAUGACGACGAUCAGGCGUCCCGGAAGCCUGCCGCAAGGGAUAGGGUGUGGGAUGAAGCCGACGAAGCUGCUGCUCAGGGUCACGGUGCAGCGGAACCUGUGGCCUGUCCAUGUGAUGAUCUCGCCGGAGAGCACGGUGGUGGACCUGAUCAAGGCUACGGUGGAGGCGUACGUCAAAGAAGGCCGACGGCCGCUGCUGGUGGAAAGAGAUCCCCUGGCUUUCGAGCUCCAUUUCUCCCAGUUCAGCUUGGAAAGUAAGCCAUCUCUUCUGCUCUGGAUCUUGCCUGUCCGUCCGAAUUUAGUAGGGUUCCGCGAAAUCCGUAAUUUCUCACGCGUUUUUGCUUGCGUCUCUCUUGGCAGGUUUAAGCAGAGAGGAGAAGGUGAUAAACUUAGGAUCCCGCAACUUCUUCCUCUGCCUCAAGCCCAGCGAGGCCGCUCCAUCUGGUGACUGCCGCCGGGACGAAGCCGAGAACGAAUCCUCCAAGUUUCUUCUGCCCCUCCCCAGAUUCAUAAGCAUCGCCCUCAGGCUGUAA